AGAUACAGCCGCCCUCCCUGUUAUGUCACUCCUUCAAAUCAUUUGAAUCAGAAUAAAAACUGCAGCAAACUUCAGAGGCUCCCUCAUUGCAGGACCCACCAGAGUUGGAACUUUCCUUUGUCUAAAAAGCUCCAGGACACUUUUGGUUUGCACAUUAAACCCAGCAGAAGACAAUGGCCAACUUUUUCUGGUGUGCAACUUUGGGAUUAUGCUUGGUGAAGCUGACUCUAGCCCAGAUAGAGUUAAAUGUAACCUGCAGAUAUGCAGGAGUUUAUCAUGUGGAGAAAAAUGGCCGAUACAGUAUUUCCAGAAUUGAAGCCGAGGAUCUCUGUAAAGCUUUUAAUUGUACCCUGCCCACAUUGGAACAGAUGGAGAAGGCACGCAAAAUUGGAUUUCAAACCUGCAGAUAUGGAUUCAUAGAUGGACAUGUCGUCAUUCCAAGGAUCACCCCCAAUUUUCUUUGUGCAGCAAAUAACACUGGGGUUUAUAUACUGCCAUCAAACACAUCUUUAUAUGACACCUAUUGCUACAAUGCUUCAGCACCAGAGGGCGUGUCAUGUGAUCAUGUGACAGAUCUACCCAGCGCAUUUGAAGGGCAAAUCACCAUAGGCAUUGUGAACCCCGAUGGAACACGGUACACCCAGAAAGGGGAAUACAGAACCCACAUCAAUGACACCGAUCCCACCCUCCAUCCCGAAGAUGAUGGGAGUAGUGGAUCUGAAACAAACACGCAGGGGAGCUCCACCAUAAUCAAAACUACUUACUAUAUUCAAGAUUCACAUCCAGUUUCAGAUUUCUAUGCAUCUCCUUCAGAAUGGGAUAUGGCCUCAGGUCCUGCAACUACCAGUAUGGACUCAACCACCAUCCAAACAGGCCUGGAGUCAAGGGAGGAGAGUGAUGGAUCAGGCAAUUUUGGUGAUGAUGAAGAUGAUAACGAACAUGAUCUCUUCAGUACCACUUCAGAGGGCUCUAGGACAACAAGUCAAGAAACAAUCUGGAACGAAGGUCGGCUACAAGAGGACCCAAUUCAUACAAUGCCUGAAGACCAACCUCACACCACAGCGAGGACAAUGGCUUCGGACACAUCUGGUGGUCAAGAAACAACAACCUGGAGUAGAUGGUGGUGGGAUGUUCCACAAGGACCCAAGAAGGAGUAUCACACUACAACAGUGACAACUGCCAAGGAUCUCGCUCAUGUGGUAAGUCAAGAAUCAACCACUCAGAAGCAAAUGGAUACUCCUGGAGAUGGAUCUUGGUUGGGACCUUAUUCAACACUUGAGGAAGGACAUCAUACCACAGCAAGGAAGACGGCUUCAGCCCAUGAAACUGGUACAAGUCAAGAAAUGGUAACCCAGAGUGAAGAGGAGUCCUGGAUAGACUGGUGGUCCCCAACAGAACAUAAUAAAACAGCAAGGAGGAUGGAUGGAAACCAACAGGACAACUCUACCCAAGAUCCCUUGAACGGUGUUUUUCACCCUUUCUCAGUCUUUGAGGACAAGUCUCCCAUUCCAACUUCUACCCCCGUGAAUAAUGUGUCAUCUGAAGUUACUGAAGUAUUUUUUCCUGGAGCACCUGAUUCCAGAGAACAGCAAACAGACAUGAGUGACGAUAGAAGUGCAUCCCAACACCCAACCACAGAUCCCAACACAAGUUUGGGAGAAGAUCUUGUCAGGACAGAGUAUCCUCAAAAGUCUACUUCAGCUGUGGACCAUACCAGGGAUGGAAAUCUUCCUGAUCACACAACCCAAGGUCCCCUGGAAGAUGGGUCCCCUGUUUCAACCACCCCAAUGAAUGAGGAGAAGUCUCCUGAAGAUCCCAUGAUUUUUCCUGGAUAUUUCCCAUCAGAACACAAUCUCAGGCACAGUACCUCCAGUCCAAACUCAGGUUUGGAAGAAGUCCAGGAAACCACCACGAUGCACCCUCCAACAACUCAGUAUGUCAAAGGUAGAAGAGGUGAAAAGCUUCCAGAAGACUCAACCCAAGAUCCCUCGGAAAGAGUUCUUUAUCAUUCCCCAAGCACUAAUGAAAGUGAGACUCCCAUAACAACUUUCCCUUCAAACACUCUGUCAUCUGGAGUUACUGAAUUUAUUGUUCCUGCAGACCCUUUUGCUGAUAAUACAGAUGAAGAACCCCAUCAUCGUUCAACCACUGAAACACAUAUUCUGCACAAUGCUGGCAGAACAGAGCAAUCUACAGUAUCAUCAAAUGAGGAUUUCCAUCAACCAACCAAGGAGCCAGUCGCAGAUAUCACUAAUGGACAUGGAUCCAAUGAAGGGAGGAAAAAUGCUGAACCUACCACUGCUCCACGGAGGAGGCCCCAAAUUCCAGAAUGGCUCAUCAUAUUAGCAUCCCUCUUGGCCUUGGCUUUGAUUCUCGCAGUCUGCAUUGCUGUUAACAGCAGGAGAAGGUGUGGGCAGAAGAAAAAGCUGGUGAUUAACCGUAGCAAUGGAGCUGUGGAAGAGAGGAAGAUGAGUGGACUAAAUGGAGAUGCCAGCAAAUCUCAGGAAAUGGUGCACUUGGUGAACAAAGAACAAUCAGAUGAGCGGACGGGGCAAGAUGAGUUCACGGUAACUGAUGAGACCAGGAAUCUGCAGAACGUGGACAUGAAGAUUGGGAUGUGAAGACAACAUCAGUCAUCUUGUAUCAGGAGAAAUGGGGGAAAACACCAAUCAAUGGGACUGGGACAGACACUUACAGAUGCAGUGUGCUACUGAUGUGUUUUAUAGCAAAACUCCUUUCUCCUCCUUUGGUUUUAUUUUUUUUUUUCUAAUUCAGGUACAAGUUAGAAAAUCGACAUUGCUUUCUGAUAUAAGAACCCAAGAUUUGCUUGAAUUUAAUAGAUACCAGCUCCUACCAGAGAUCCGCUUCCAUCUAUGUGUGCUCUGAAGGGCAGCUUGCUGAAACUCGUUACAUUUCUCUCACCUCCCCUCACUUCCCCAACUGGUAGCAGGGUCCUUCAUUUAAAGUGAGAAUGAAGUUCCUGAAAUGAGAGUCAAUUUCCCCAGUUUAAACUCAUGAAAGAGAGGAUUAGUAAUAUAGAGCAAAAAUUUAAAGAAAGGAGGUCCCCCAAAGCAGGUAUACCAGUAAGAUUCAUAGGAAUAUAGCAUAUUUUACUUUCUUGGCAUUUUCAGGGUGUACCAGAUACAUGCCCACUCUGAUGCCUCUGGAAAGCUUAGAGUCCUUUUCACAGCAGCCACAAUGGGAGAGCCCAAAGGUUAAAGCUAUUUAACUCUAGUAAGCCAUUUAUCUUUGUUCUUGGGGGAAAAAAAAAACCCUGGAGAUCCUUAUACCAGUAUGGUUUUUGUUUUUUGUUUUCAUUGUCAGAAAAAUGGGAAAGCUUUCUUAAGCUGAUCCAUAAUAAACAUCCGUAUUUCUGCCAUUUUACCAUUUGUGCUGUUAUCCUUUAGUUGCUAAAUUAUCUGUAUUGACCACCAACCUGGUUCACUGACCUAAGAAAAUACUGUUCAGUGAUCCCUAGGUUGCAUUGUGUCUAAGGCUCUUAGUACCCUUGGCCCAGAUACAGCUGGAAAAAUCUAGCAGCAGGUCAAAAAAUAUAGCAAAAUGAUUAUUUCUAAAGCAAAUGAAUUAUAACUUCUCCCUCAGAAUUUUAAUUGGAAGGGGUGGGCCACGGAGGUUUUUAAUGUUUGAUUACCAGCUGUUCCAGCAACUUGCCACUAUUAAAAAGCCACAUUAAAUUUGUAUGACCCAUGCUUCUUAGGUCCCAUUUCAUCUGCUGUUUUGUACUCCAAUCUUACUAAUAAUCCCUACCGAAAUAAGAAGAAAGUCCUCCAACUCUCAAAACCUAUGAAAGAGCAAUGGAAAUGAAAGGUAAACUGUAAAUAGCUAGAAUCCAGUUUAAUACUGAAUACACCUUUGUUUCUUUUUUCUUUUACACAGUUUUUUUUUACUUAUUUAUCUAUAAUUAAAUAGGCUUUAUUCUUCCCAAAGCCCAAAUCACUCUCUCUUAGGAAGUCAGGAACUUGAAGGUCACGCUCUUUCAGGUUUCAUUUCAUUUGCCUUCCUAAGUACCUAAUUUACUACAAGGGAGGUAAUUGAGUAAUGGGAAGAUUCAGACUUAGCAUUUGAUACUUGGCGAGAAAUCCAGUAAAUAGCAGCUUUUUCUUCCACUAAACCAUGAUGAACUGCAUUUAGAGUAGAGCCUCUAGGCAGUGCAGUGAAUAGAGAGUCCACUAAAAUAAAUUUUAUUUGGAAUUUAAGAUGUUGAAUCUAGGAAAUGGGUCACAGUAAACUACCCAUCAGGAUCCUUUACAGCCUGAGUGGAUAUUUGUAUUUCUGGUAACAUUUCUCUGGUCAAUUAUCAGGGCCUGAUUCAUAAAAGUAAUUGACUUUGGGACUAAAACAAAGGGAAAAUGGCCUUGGAAAAUCCUUGAGCUAUUCUCCUCUGACAAUGUUGGCUAGUUUUCUGCCCAAAAUUCUGACUUCUUCAGUGUAAUUUAGGUCAGAUAACAGACCAGUGUCCCAAGGACACAUUUCCUGGAAGAAAAUUCACGUCCAGCUUUACACAUUUCUCCUUCAGAUAUGUAUAAAGAUCUGGAAAUAUCAUCACAACACUCUUGGGCCCUUCGACUUCACGUAUUCUGACCCUUCUGGUCAGUCACAGUGAUGCUUUGCCCCCUGACAAAUGCAUCCCAGUAGAGCAAUGGUAUAGUAUGUGGCCACCACCAUGGAAAGCAAGAAAGGGGCUCUCCUAAUGAGGAAAAUAUUGUUUGACAGGAAAACCUACUCACAAACAUACACAGACACACACAUAGACUCUCUUUCUCUCUCAAUCCUUACACACCUAUAUACAACAUAGAAAUUGUUAUUCUGCCAAAACUGAGAGUUUUGAUUUCACAAGCUUGAAAUGAAUUUGGUUCGACUAGGAAACUGAAAAAAGGACCAAAGUUUGUCUGAAAGUGCCUAUUGUUUACGAUAGAUCUCCCACUUGAAAUACCUUUCCCAAAAUGAGUAGAGACUAAUGAGGUUUCCACCUCCCCUAUUGGGUAUUAAUUCAUGUAGCUGGGCUGUUUACUACUAUACAACCAAUAGAUCCAACGUGGAAAAUAUUUGUUUUAUCAUUUUAUCAUUGGAAGCAGUAUGGCAUUCUGUUUUAUCAUGUACGUUGAUUCCAUUCUUGCUUAUUCCACUGGUUUAUUGUGCGACCGGAGCAAGGCAUUUAAUCUCUCGGAGCCUUGUUACAAAAUGGGAUUAUUACCACUUUCUCAGUUGCAAGGCAGUCGGGGAGCUACAGUGUAACCUUUUUAGUCUGCCAUUAUAAAUCAACCAUGUCUCUUGAGGGCUGUGCUUAAAUUAGUACUGUGUGAAAAAUGAAAUUGGUUUAGACCCAGCUUUGGCAUGUCUUUUUCUGGUGAAAAUAUUCCUGGAAUGUAAUUUACAAGGAAACAGAUAGUGCAUGGAGAUGAUAAUUUGCCAAGAUUCUGUUGGAGAGCAGUGUAGGUGGCUCCUUGUUUCUCUUGCAGAAAUUGUGCACUUACAUUUUAGACGGUAACCAUCCUCAUUCAUUCAAGACCAUGACAUGACUUUUUUGUGUAAAUAGUUUGCAAUGUGUUUUUAUUGCAAUGUAGAUUUUCCCAUAUGUAAAAAACCAAACAAACAAUUAUUUGUCCUUUUUACAAUGUCCGGUUCUUCUCGGAUUUGUAUAUUUAUUGACAGACUAGUAUUAUGAAAGAAAGUACCUGUAAACUACUAGAUUGAAAACACGUAUCACAAAACAUUAAAUUGUUAAAAAUGCCUUCAAAAAUAAACUGGACUGUAAAUUCUCUAAUAUAUAAGGGGCCACAAGGAUGGAUAGAACUGCUGGUUGGUGGCUUUGUCAAUGACUAGCUAUCUAGGUUGAACAAUGGGUCUAAAAGUCUAAACUGUGCAUUUCUACCAUAUAAAUGGGAACUACAUUAGCAAACCAAUAGGAAAAAUAGAAAAUAUUAGCAGGGCAAUUCAGGCAUAAAAAAACCAUGUUGCAAACAGGUUUUGUUUGUUAUUUACCUUGAAUUAUCUGGAUAGAAGUGCCUCAACCUGAGCAAAGUAAGCAGGGCUGAUAUCAGGCAGAAGCUGAUUAUGUUCCAUGAGGCAAACUGGUGGGUUGGUUUUAUCAUCUCUAGAAUUAUUUUUAAAGUGACUGGUAUUGCCAGUAAAAUGGUUAAAUGAGGAAUGUAGGUCAUGUGGUAUUCAACAGUGUGAGGUUCUUCAAGGUCUGACUUCUGAGGCAAACUAAAUGUAACAGUAGUCAGCAGAAGUACAAGUAGUAUGUUUAGGGACGUAAAACAUAAGGAACUUCCUUAGAGUCCAGUUAAAAGAUUAAAAAUGAUGUCAUUAAGUCAAUAAAGAUAUAUGUUAAAGUUCAGGAUGGCUUUGACUAGAGUGACAGACAGACCCUCCAAAAACUCACCAUCUGACAAACUCUGAAAGUGGACAUUUGCCCUAUAAAAAUUCCAGACUUUGCCCUAACAUAGUUUAUGAGCACAGAGGUGCCAUGGUGUAUCAACAACUAAAAAGUCAGUUUUAGGUGGAAUUGAGUAUUUCUGGACACCCAUCACAGGAACUCGGAUUAGUAUCAGUAUCAGUAGUCUUAACGGACCCUUACUGGGUGCAUUUAGCUUGUCCUGGGAGUUUGAGGAUCACAUGAAAGAAAAUAUAAGAUCCCUGAAAGAAAAUAUAAGAUCCCUGACUUCAAAUAUCCUACAGUUUAAUGCUCCACCAGAGAUGGAGUGCCAAACACCAUGUCUACCUAUUCAUCAAUGGAUGACACAUUAAAAAAGACCCAGCUCUUGGAAAGGUCUGUACUUUUCUGUCUGUGAGGGAAAGCUAAAGGCUUUAAAAGAAUACCCCUGAGAUGCUGGUUGAGUGUAGUAGCCAGUGAUAUAAAGGUAAUCCUGAAAAGAAGAUAGUUGUCUGAGUAGGAUGAAAAUUGGUGGUAUUUUAAGGGGAACUUACUCGAGUGCCAAAUAUACAGUGGGAGGAUUCAAUCUCACAGCUAGAGAAACUACCCUCUCUUGGUUUUCAAAUUUCAGAUCACCGUACUGCCCAAAUUCUCAUUCUCAAUAAUGUUCCACUGAACAUCACUGAAGCACUUUCACACAUGCAAUGGCACAAUUGCACCACUGAAAGCCCCAUUCAAUCAAUCAAUCAAUCAAUCAUAUUAAUGAGCUCUUACUCUGUGGAGAGAUGUACAAAGUGCUUGGGAGAGUACAAUAGAGUAAGUAGGCACAAUCUUUUGCCCUCAAGAAGCCUACAGUCCAGUGAUUCUCCGGUGAUGAAAAAGGAAUAUGGCAUGCUUAGGAAGUCAAGACUGGGCCCUUGCCUUUUGAGAUCAUACUUUUGUCUGCAGAUUUUCAUUUGGCUUAGGCCUUUCAUUGCCCAUUCAUGAGCCAACCUAGAGGUGGCUUCAACCUCCUGGGUUUUUUAGAGCCUAGACCUUCCCGAGAUAUUGUAAUAAUAGUAAUAAUAAUUGUAAUAUUUGUUAAGCGCUUAUAUGUGCCAAGCUGCAUCCCUGAGGUUGAAAUGAGUGCUUAAAAUUUGAAUGGAAAGUGUGUGGGGGGUUUUUACUGAUUUUUGGAAAAAAUGUUGCUGUUUGAGGAAGUGGAAUGUUAGCAUUCUUCCACAGGCUGCACUGGAAGUUUAUUACAGGACUUUAACCUGGACUUACACUCUUCCGUCCAAUCCCCACUUCCCUGAAGUCAGCUGUGUAGAAGUCCCUUUACAGAAAGAGGAAAUUGAGGUGAUUGAAAGUGCUUUCUUGCACUUCUGGGUGAAAAAGAACCCCUAAAGAAAGGCUCGAUCUAUUGUGCACAUUCAGUUUAUUCUGAUGGCUGAACUGGGGCCAUUUGCAAGAAGCUCCUUAUGAGCCAGGUCUGAUUUCGGCAAGGAUGGUGGACGGCAUCUGCCUUCUUGGUUGCAAGGUUAUAUGGCUUUUCUUGGGAGAGGAUUUUUCCCUGCUCUGUACAGCACCUAGCAAUCCUGUGGCCUAGUCAUGAUGAAUAAUAAUCAUAACAAUAAACCUUUUUUUCAGACUGA